AAUUGAAACACUUGGAUUCGCUAAUGCGACACGACUGGUUCUUCCUUUUCUUUACACUUUCUCUUUAAGAUUGGUUUCAGAGCGCAAGUGUUGGCAAACACUUGUAUAUCAUGACGGGAGAGGAUAGCUAUACUUCUCUCAUUAUUUUCUUUCUUCUUUUUACACUUUCUUUCUCAUCAGAUAGACUGAUGCCCCUUUUCAUAUACCCAAGCGAUUAUCAAACUGAUAUUAGAGCGCAUUACAAUGAGAUACUAGACAGUCUCUUCUACAUAGAUUUAUAGAUUGGUCUAUAGAUAACUAGUCUUUAAAGUAUACGCAAUUG